AUGGAGGUUCCUCUAAGUGAUAAUAUUAAUGUUGAUUCUUGGUUUUGGGGUAAAGAGUCGAAUGGGUUUUACUCGGUUAAGAGCUCCUACCACUAUCUUCAAGAAUUGAAAGGUGAAUGGGGUGUUCAGUUGGAGUCUAACUUAUGGAAGGUUCUUUGGAAAGUUAAAGUCCCCCCAAGGUCGGGUGUGGGGUUACAUUUUUGUGCAGAAUCUACCUUCGCCGAUUGGUUUAAGGCAUUUCUGUCAGGAGGUAGAGUGGCUUUGGUGGAUGAGCUCUUGAUGGUAGCAUGGGGUAUUUGGAAAGCUCGAAAUGAGCUUCUUUGGCAGGGUCGUUCUUCUCAGGCUGCGGAUGUGGUUCGAGUGGCAAGGUCGUGUCAUUCUAGUUGGCUGUUGGCUUAA